AUGGCUCGUCAGGGGGCACAGAGCUGUUGUUACGAUUGCCCACAAUGCUCUGAAGGAAUGAUUUCAAAUCAGAAAGAUGCAGAAUACUGCAACAAAUGCCCCGAGGAGCAAUAUCCAAAUCACAAUCAAGAUCAAUGCCUCCCCAAAGUGAUCGACUAUCUGUCCUUUAAAGAGCUCCUGGGGAUCAUUUUGACAUCUUUUGUUCUUUUCUUUUCUUUGAUCACCCUUGUGGUGCUGUGGAGCUUCCUUUGGCAUCGGAACACUCCCCUCAUCAAAGCCAACAAUAGAACCAUCACCUACAUCCUCCUCUUGUCUCUUUUGCUUUGCUUUCUGUGCUCUCUUCUGUUUCUUGGUCAGCCCGGGAUGGUGUCUUGCCUUUUCCGGCAAGCCUUCUUUGCCAUCACAUUCUCUGUGGCUGUUUCUUCGGUCCUGGCAAAAACCAUCACCGUAGUUGUGGCUUUCAUGGCUACCAAGCCCGGCAAUCGGAUGAGGAACUGGGUAGGGAAGAGGCUGGCGGUAUCCGUCAUCAUUCUCUCAUCUCUCAUCCAAACUGCCCUUUGCAUUAUGUGGCUGGCCACUUCUCCUCCUUUCCUGGAACUGGACAUGCGCUCCCAAGUGGGUCAGAUCAUAAUGCAAUGCAAUGAAGGCUCUGACAUGAUGUUCUAUGUUGUCUUAGGCUACCUGGGGCUCCUUGCCUUCAUCAGCUUCACAGUUGCUUUCUUCGCCAGGAAGUUGCCUGAUGCUUUCAAUGAAGCCAAGCUGAUCACCUUCAGCAUGUUGGUGUUUUGCAGCGUUUGGCUGUCCUUCGUCCCCACCUAUCUCAGUACCAAGGGGAAAUACAUGGUGGCCGUGGAGAUCUUCUCCAUAUUGGCUUCUAGUGCUGGAUUACUGGGUUGCAUUUUUCUCCCUAAAUUCUACAUUAUAGUCCUGAGGCCUGAACUGAACACCAGGAACCAGCUAGUAAGAAAACAACAUGUUAUUACUUAG